AUGCUUGACAACCAAGUACCUCCGUUCUCACUCGAUAAACCCCGUCAUGAUACGUCGACAUACGUCGGUCGAUGGUGUAAAUUUGCGGAGCUCAUGUCGCCAAAAUGGCUAUUGCUAAGCUCGGAACAAAUUCAAUAUUCAAAGCAAAUGCUUGAGGACUUUCGCAAUGGCGAACUAUCUCCUGGACACAUCAGUGAUGCGGAGCUAUGGUACCAUCGUCAGGUAUACGAAGCUGCAGUGCAUCCUCAGACUGGCGAGACGAUACCGGCAUUGUUUCGACUAUCGGCUUUUGUGCCUGUUAACAUUCCUAUCUGCGUUGGUAUGUUGCUUGCACCGCCCACGUUGAAAAACACGAUCUUCUGGCAAUGGAUUAAUCAAAGCUACGGUGCCGGCUUUAACUAUGCAAACCGUAACGCCAGCAGUGAGCAGGACAAUUUGACCAUUUUGAAGUCGUACGCAACGGCUACGGUUGUAUCAUGUACAACGGCUGUGGGUCUGGGCAAGAUGGUGAAGAAAGCUAAGCGACUGUCUCCGAGCACGCGCUCUUUCCUGGGAAAAAUGGUUCCAUUUGUUGCGGUUGCUAGCGCAGGAGCAUUCAACGCGGUGUCUAUGCGUUUCAAUGAGUUCCGAGAAGGCAUUGAUAUCAUGGAUGAGCACGGAGAAGUUCAUGGACGUUCCGUUGCUGCUGGACGUCAAUCGCUAGGUCAGGUGGCUCUCACGCGGAUUGCACUUCCAAUGCCAAUUUUGCUGCUUCCGCCGUAUCUGUUUGGCGUCAUGCAAAAGAACAUUGUCAUGCCGAAGGGCAAGUACUCUAAACUAACCGCCGAGCUUGUCGUGUUGACGUUGUGCCUAUGGGGCGCCAUGCCGAGUGCUGUCGCUCUCUUCCCGCAAACGGGCACCAUUUCAGCAAGCAGCAUUGAAGAGGAGUUUCAGUCUCGGGUGGACCGGCAUGGCCAGCCCAUUCGCCACUUCAUGUACAACAAGGGAAUCUGA